AUUCCCCUCCCUCCACCCCCCGUAACGUCUCUAACAAAAAUUAUACCAUCGCCGCCUCAUUGCCUCUCUCUCUAGAAUUGCUUUAUUAGGAGUGUCUCUCUCUCUCUCUCUCUCUCUCUGGCUCUGGCUGUAGCUUUUUGUAUCGUAUUGAGUUUGAGAAUGGAGCGAGGAGGAUAUCAAGCAAUGCUUAUGGGAGGCGAAGAAGGCUCUGAUUCUGGACCUUACUCUCCUCCUUCCUUCAUCACCGACGAUUCUUCUAUCAACGCCUUCUUUUCAGCUAUGGAUCCUCCUCACUCCUUUCUUCAUUCUCUCCACUACGCUUAUGGACCUUUUCCGCCCACUCCCUCCUCGCUCGUCAGUCCCCCGACUUCUGGUUUCCUAACUCAUCAAGAUAUCAUUGCCAGACAGACUGAGGAGGAGGUCAGUCCUGAUCGGAAACUCAAAAUGCCCAAAAUUGAAGCUUCAAACCUCAACGUAGAGGUCACUGAUAAUGAUGUAUCGACCGAGCCUUUCAAUUUCUUGUCCAAGACCUCUGAUUCGGUUUCUAGACUCUGUGAUUUGAGGUUUCAGCAACUUCCGGAUCUCCGGUCUCUCGAGCAGGUUCAUCACUGCUUCGGAUUUGCAGAGUCUUCGUCUCGGAAACGAACGCUUGAAUCAACGGCCAGAAACUUUCAGUUCGGUUUGAAUCUGCCGGAGAUUCACUCGCCGGCCACGGUGGUGAUGCCUCAGAGCACGCUGGCGAGGCAGAGACGACAGAGGAUCAGCGAGAAGACUCGGUGCUUGCAGAAGCUUUUGCCGUGGGACAAGAAGAUGGAUAUGGCGACGAUGCUCGAGGAGGCGUACAAGUACGUGAAGUUUCUCCAGGCGCAGAUUAGCGUCCUCCAAUCCAUGCCUUGUAAUUCGUCGAGUUUCGAAGCUCAAAAUCAUGGAAAUGUGAACGUGAUCGGCGGAAUGGGGAGGCUGAAUAGGCAGCAACUGCUUCAGGUUGUGGUGAACUCUCCCGUGGUUCAGACGAUACUCUACUCGCGAGGUUGCUGUGUUUACUCGAUGGAACAGUUGGUUCUGAUGAAGAAGAUCGCUGAGAGGAAGGCAAUCUAUCAACAGAUGGUAUUCGAUCCUUCAACACUCCCUUGAAAUCUCCAUGCCUCAGUAUAGUUGCUCUCUAAUGGAUAUUUUGAUUACUUGAGUUUUUCGAAAACUUGCUUCAUAUUUGGACGUUUGCAUUCGGAUUACACAUUAUAGAUAUGUUGAAGUCAUUUUGUUUUGUUUUUAGCUUUUUGAUCUCUGUGUGAAGUGCAUGUGUGAGUGAGAGUGUGUUUAAAUCA